AUUAACCAUUUUAUUCUCCAGGCCAAUGCUUCCCUCUACAGUUAGUUCACCCUUGGGUUCAUAGACAAAGAUCUCACAAUCACUGCUUUUUAUUGGUGGAAACAUACCCUGGAAAUCUUCAGGCUAGAGGUCUGCAGAGCACUUUUAAGAGCACGGAACUCUGUGCCUCAGACGGGCCCUUCACUGUUGCAUGGCUGUGGGCCUUCAGAAGGGAGAGCAAGAGUGGCCGCUGCACAGUCACCGUGGGGCGUAGAGGCUGGGCUGGGGUGUCAGUCUCUCCGUGGACGAGGUGCGGUAGGGUCCUGUCUGGCUCACUGCGUGAUGGGGAAUCUGAGUGGGACAGAAAGUCCAUGUUGGGACACCUACGCUCCCAGGGGGCGCUGGCACUCAAAUCAGCGUCCUCUGGGACGCUGGCCCUCCAGCCUGCCUCAGUUUCCCGAUCUGUGUCGGCGCCACAGCUAACCAGGAUAGGAAGGCACUGCAGGAGCAGCUGAGGGCAGACGGAAGGUCACACAGAACUGACUGAGUCUGGGAUCGCAGCUUUCGGUUCCCCGGAGGGAAGUGAGCCGACAAGCGCAGGCCGAAGGAGGGGCCCCUGAGGCUCGGAGGGCCGCGGGUCCCUAGCCCGGAGGCAGAGCACGAGAAAAGUCCGUGCUCGCGGCCGGCCGGAGGAAGGGCAGCGGGCGUGCGCUUUGCGCUCGGCCGGGCCCGAGGGCGGUCGGGCGCAAGGGGGCGGGGGCUAAAGGCCAAGGUUUGCGGAGUCGGGGCGGGCCGGCCGGCGGGGCAUUUAAACUCUGGGGACUGCCGGCUCGGGGCGCGAGCCCAGCUCUGCAUCCUCCUCUGCUUCGGCUUCGCUUCGGGUAUCGCCGGGCAAGAUGCGGUCUUCCUUGGCGCCGGGCGUCUGGUUCCUCCGCGCCUUCUCCAGGGACAGCUGGUUUAAGACAGAUCCGGACUGAAAUCCUCUCACCACUGUGUGCCUCGUGUACUUAACUUCUCUGAGACUCACUUCCCUCGUGGGUGAAAGUCAGGUGGGUUCUUGAAGGCAAAAGUGAUCCAUGAACAUUCUUGACCUCCCGUGGCUGAUGGAGGGCACACGAUAAGUGUUCUUUUACUUCUUUCCUGAUGCAUGGAGGUUUGGACUCCUAACAAACGCCAAACGUCAACGUAGUUCCUACUGUAGGCACAUUAUUGUGUUAAACUGUGAGGCCUACAAAGAUGGUUAAGACACGGUCCUACUUUCUCGGAAUUAAGGAUCAAGCUGGAGAGAGGGCGUGUACUCUCAUUAUCAAAUUUGCUGCUUCCACCUGUACCCAAGGAGGGCUUUUAAGCAGAAGUGAAGAAAGCAGACAGUCCUGGAGCAGGACACCAGAGGGUGGGCUGGCCCUGAGCUUUUGGAUUCCUCGUCUGUACCGUGAGGAUACUUGUAACACCUACCUCGUCGUCGUGAGGAUUAAAGAUUGUCUCGAGAUGCAGCAGACACCAGCUCCCUGAAAUGCACCACCGAGGGUCUCCCUGGAGGGUGGCUGGCAGGAUGGAUGAGGCAGAGGGAACCAGCCCCACCUUCUGCGAGGAAGCUUGUCUGGAGCUUCCCGAACUAAUCAGCAGGGCAGAGCCCUGGGUCUUCAUCUGGCUUAGCCUGGGAGGUGUCCAGAACUCUCUGACCUAGAAAAUCCCACCCCUCUUCAGUGACUCCCCAUCACCCCAAGAGACAGUGUAAACUCAUCCUAGGCCCUCCAUGACCUGUCCCCUCCCUCCUUCCCCGCUCCUUCGCCUUCCAUGCUUGGCCCAGUCCCACCUUCCAGACUUCCUGACUACACAGAGUUCCCCAGACAGCUACUGCUGUUCACGCCUCCGCACUUUUGCACACGUACUUCCCUCUCCCCGGCGCCUCUUCCCGCCCCAGCCCUGGUGGACCUGGCCACCUCCUGCUUGUUUGCAAAGAUUCGGCUGAAGCCUCACCUCCAGAAUCCUUUCCUGACACUGCUCCCAUCCCAGCCGGUCUCGGUGUCCCUGCUUCCGUGCCAUGCAGGGCUGCCCUCUUUUAUGGCACUGUUGCACCAAUUCUGCUUGUCUCCCUGCUGACCUGUGAGCCCCUGGAGGCCGGAGGUCUCUCUUACAGUUUCUCUGGGUCCCUAGCACAGUGCCUGGCACGUGGUAGGAUGUGGAUGGGAAGGCAGUCCUGUUUCUGCCAGAGAGAAUCGAGAUGUCAGAAAUGGGCCUGGAUGUGCCUGCUCUUCUGUCAUAGCUUCUGCCACCCAAGGUUGGGAGGGACAGGACUCCAGAAGGCAGAUAAGGAAGGACACCGGGGACCACAGGCUGGAGAAAGUCCAGGGAAGGUGAUCUGAGGUGGGCAGGUGUUGGCACCUGGGGCUGAAGCAGUGUCGUGGUGGGAGGAGUGAGGGAGGAGAAAGGUGGCUGCCAGAGGGGCUGUGCCUUUUGAUCCCUCAUUGUCUCUGACCAGCUCCCGAGUGGGCUCGGCGUGGGCUCGGCGUGGGCUCGGCGUGGGCUCGGCAUGGCUGAGUUGCAGCCUGGGCCUCCCUGCCUGGCCUAUCAAGGAAGGACAGUCAGCGCUGGGGGGGCGCAGUGGGGCCUGGGGAUCUUUCAGGCCCACAGGAGAUCUGAUCUGUCACCAGGGUCAAUGGCUGUAUCCAUGUGGCACAGCCAAGAUAGACUCAGCUGAUCCUGGGGGGUCGUAAAGGUGGCCCGACAGAGACGUAGGGACUAGGGUGAGAGUUACAUUGUGUUCCCCGGUCUUUGAGCUGGAUGUGGUUGGCACUGUCCUCCAUGGGCAUCUGAUGAGGAAACCGGAGGCAAAAAAGGCUUAGGAACUUUCAUUUGGUUACACAGUAAAUUAGAGUCAUCCAUCAAAGCUUUCAGCUUUUUUCCAGACUCAGCAGCUCCCCGGGCAGGACACUGGUACCGAGGCUUCAUCCUGCUGCUCACCUUCUUAAUCUACACCUGUUAUCACAUGUCCAGGAAGCCCAUCAGUGUCGUCAAGAGCCGUCUGCACCACAACUGCUCAGGGAUGAUCCAGCCCAUCAGCGACACCCACAGGCUCAACGACACCACGUGGUGCAACUGGGCCCCAUUUGAGCAGAGCAACUACAAGCAACUACUGGGGGCGGUGGACAAUGCCUUCCUCGUGGCCUAUGCCGUCGGCAUGUUUUUCAGUGGCAUUUUUGGGGAGCGGCUCCCCCUCCGUUACUACCUUACGGCCGGAAUGCUGCUCAGCGGCCUUUUCACCUCGCUCCUUGGCCUGGGGUAUUUCUGGAACAUCCACGUGCUCUGGUACUUUGUUCUUAUCCAGAUCUGCAAUGGACUCGUGCAGACCACGGGCUGGCCCUCCGUGGUGACCUGCGUGGGCAACUGGUUCGGGAAGGGGAAGCGGGGGCUCAUCAUGGGCAUCUGGAAUUCGCACACAUCCGUAGGCAACAUCCUGGGCUCCCUGAUCGCCGGCAUCUGGGUGGAUGAGCAGUGGGGCCUGUCCUUUGUGGUGCCCGGCGUCAUCACCGCCGUCAUGGGCCUCAUCACCUUCUUCUUCUUCAUCGAGUACCCAGAAGACGUGGACUGCUCCCCACCUCAGCACCAUGGUGAGCUGGAAGAGAACGUGGACAACGCUGAGGACCCUGGCAACAGACCCCAGUCUAACAGAGAGAACGGCCUGGAGUCCGCUGUCAGCUUCUCCAAGGAGCCAAGUGCUCAGCCCGCUGCCAUCAGCUUCUUUGGGGCGCUCUGGAUCCCGGGUGUGGUCGAGUUCUCCUUGUGUCUGCUCUUUGCCAAGCUGGUCAGUUACACCUUCCUCUACUGGCUGCCCCUCUACAUCUUCAACGUGGUUCACUUUAGUGCCAAGGAGUCUGGGGACCUGUCCACGCUCUUCGAUGUUGGUGGCAUCGUAGGCGGCAUCCUGGCAGGGCUCGUCUCCGACUACACCAAUGGCAGGGCCACCACCUGCUGCGUCAUGCUGAUCUUGGCUGCCCCCAUGAUGUUCCUGUACAACUACGUUGGCCAGAGCGGGAUCAGCAUCUCCAUAGUAAUGCUGCUCAUCUGUGGAGCCCUGGUCAACGGCCCUUAUGCCCUCAUCACCACUGCUGUCUCGGCCGACCUGGGGACUCACAAGAGCCUGAAGGGCAACGCAAAGGCGCUUUCCACCGUCACGGCCAUCAUCGACGGCACUGGAUCCAUAGGUGCGGCUCUGGGGCCUCUGCUGGCCGGGCUCAUUUCCCCCACAGGCUGGAACAACGUCUUCUACAUGCUCAUCUCUGCCGACAUCCUGGCCUGCUUGCUUCUCUGCCGGUUGGUGUACAAAGAGAUCCUGGCCUGGAGGUCAUCCCUGAGUAGAGACAGAGGCUCUAGUGUGGCCCUAACCCACGCGCGGUAGUAUUUUCCUCAAGUCCCAUGACUUUUGUAUAGAGAAAUGUGAGGACCCGAUCGCAGCAGAAACUUGGAGGGCCCUCGCCGGGUCCCACCAUGCCCCCCCCACAGAUGGCUGAGGCAAAGCCUCUGGACCCAACACCAGCCAGCGCAGCCCACGAGGCUUCCACGGGCUAGGAGACUCUCCACCGGAAGGGGACCACCAAGCUUGAGGCCACGGAAGACUCAGGGGCCUUGCUGGAGGACGGAGAGGAUGCAAAGUGCCCACUGAACUAAGGCACCCUGAGACCAAAAAAUGAGGGGGCAGCUCCGUGUGAUUAAUGGCCCAGUUUAGUAUAGGGUCACUUACAGGGUGGCAUCGGGAACAGGCUCACGUGGACGGCGGUCUGGGAGCGCUCCACACCACCAGGGGGCCACCAGGACAAUUUUAUAGUUAACCUGGGGCAGGGGGGCGGGUACUUGGAAACAGGACAUGCAUUCUUAAGAUUUAUGAAUGGGUAACUAGUCUCGUGGCUGCCGGGAAUACGUCAGGGGAGGUUUUCAUCAUUGUUUGGGGACUAACAGAGCAUAGAGGCUGCCUGGUCCUAAAGAUUAUUAAACAAUAUCUAUUAACUACAAAGCCCUUGAUGACAGAGAAGUGAUUUACCGCACAGUAUACAGCCCUGGGUAGGGGAGCGGAAGGAGAGGAGGAACUGUGAGGGCCCCGAAGGCGUCAGUUACGCUGACAGCGAGAAAGGCCUGAGCUCUGGAGGCCGCCGGUGGAAGGGAUCAGGGCUAAGUGGUGUCUGCAUUUUGGUACAAGAAGGGAUAUGCUCAGACUCCUGCUUGUUCACAUUCCAAGACAGAAGGCAGAGGUUCAGCAGGGCCAAGGCCUGGAAAAAGCACGUCUCUCCUUCUCACGUUAAACGUGAACCUCUGUAAUCAGCCUGUACCUAGAAGUGGCUAUUUCAGAGCCACCCGGCCUCUCUUUGUCCCUUUGUCCACAAGCCAGUUUUCUCCGUGUGUUUCCCCACGUUGGCACUCCUCCAUCUACCCUCCAUUUGGUCCUGUUUCUAACUCCUGACCCAUUUUGAUUAAAGCAUUAUUGCCGUAUCCUCCAGGGCAGGACUAGGGAGAGACGGGGAGGCGUCACUCCCGACUGUGAGCCCCUUGCCUGCUCUCAUCCCCGCCCUCUGUGUCCCCAGGUUAGAUGGCUUGUCAGGGCAGUGCUGUAGGGGAAGGGUGGGGCAGAGGGCAUGACCAAAGUACCAGUUAUUAAAUAUUUUGAUAA